AUGCCACACCCGGUCCGACAACACGAACCCAAGUGGUGGAAAGAAGCGGUGGUCUACGAGAUCUAUGUGUCCAGUUUCAAGGAUUCCAACAAUGAUGGUAUCGGCGAUAUCCCCGGCAUCAUCUCAAAGCUCGAUUACCUCCAAGACUUGGGUGUGGACGUCCUCUGGAUCAGCCCGCAUUACCAGAGCCCGCAGGUCGAUAUGGGGUACGAUAUUUCCGAUUAUCAGCAAAUUCACGAGCCGUACGGAUCGAUGCAAGACGUCGACACCCUCAUCGAACAAACCCACGCCCGGGGCAUGAAAAUCAUCUUCGACCUAGUCAUCAACCAUACCUCCGAUCUACAUCCGUGGUUCCAGGAGUCGCGCGCAUCACUUGACUCGCCCAAGCGAGACUGGUACAUGUGGCGUCCGGCACGAUACGACGCGGCGGACAAGCGCUGUCCUCCCACCAACUGGCGCAGCAACUUCGGCGGCUCAACCUGGACCUGGGACGAACAGACCCAACAGUAUUACUUCCACAUCUAUGCGCCGGGCCAACCUGAUCUCAACUGGGAGAAUCCGGAGUGUCGGCGGGCUAUUUAUGAUAACACAAUUCGGUUCUGGCUCAAGAAGGGUAUUGACGGCUUCCGCGUCGACACGGUGAAUCGUUAUUCCAAGUGCAUCGACUUCGUCGACGCGCCCGUCACUGACCCCAACGAUGAGACCCAAUUGGCCUUCCAGAACUUCACCAAUGGUCCGCGCAUCCACGAAUACAUCUCAGAAGUGCGUUCGGUGCUCGCGGAUUACGAUGUCUUCACGGUCGGUGAGCUGCCCAACACUCCAGACGAAGCCGACGUGAUGCCGUUCAUCUCGGCGCGAGAGAAGCAGCUCGACAUGGUGUUCAACUUUGACACGGUGUACCUUGGUCAAACUCCGGGCGAUCGCUUUACUCUUCAGGCCUUCAGCAUAGCUGACUUUAAGCGCGAGCUGACCAAGUGGCAGAGGGUGAUCCAGGACACGGACGCCUGGACAACAGUGUUUCUCGAGAACCACGACCAAGGCCGAUCCGUUUCACGCUUUGCAUCGGAUGCCCCAGCCUAUCGUGUCAGGGCGGCGAAGAUGCUGGCCUUAGUGCUGGGUACGAUGACGGGCACCCUCUACCUAUACCAGGGCCAGGAGAUCGGGAUGGUAAAUGCUCCACCCUCCUACCCGGUCGAGGACUAUAAGUGUAUUCGCUCUGUCAACCACUACAACAAAAUCCACCGGCAGACCGGCGGUGAUCCCGUCGCGUUAAGCCACGCAGUAGAUGCGCUGCAAAAGGUGGCCCGCGACCAUGCCCGAGUGCCGAUGCAGUGGGAUGACUCGCCGAAUGCAGGCUUCUGUGAUGCCCAGACCACACCAUGGAUGCGCGUAUUGGAUACCUACAGGGAAAUCAAUGUCGCCAACCAGGUGGGCAGAGAGGGCAGUGUUUUCGAGUUCUGGAAGAACGCGAUCCGGUUCCGAAAGCAGCACAAAGAUCUGCUCGUUUAUGGACGAUUUCAAGUAAUUGACCAACACGAGGAUCUCCUAGUCUUCGUAAAGGAGGCCGCCGAUGGCAAAGUAUCGUUGACAGUUGCAAAUCUGAGUGACCAACCACGGGAGUGGACACUUCCACCGUCGUUACCGAGAGUAAACCCGUGGAAUCUUGUCCUGGCCACUUGUAAUGCUCAGGAGCUUCAGCAAUCGCAGUUGGCCGCGUUUGAAGGGAGAGUCUAUGUUUCGGGCAGCCCAUGA